ACUGAUCCCCCACGGGUAGGAGUAGAUUAGUCCUUGUCUUGGAUAACUGAAAUCACGACGGGUUUCCGGUAAAACGUGAUUUGCUUGUCACCCUUUUGAACAACAUCGGCUAUUUACCUUCUUGUGUUUGCCACUGUCAUAGCAACGCCCACCUGAUCAGCAGUAUGCGCUGCUCAGCUGAGCGGAUCAACAGCUGACUGAAGGAACAGUGACGCGAGGCAGCUGCAGCGUGAAACUGAGAUUUGCCAGCUACUGUCCGUGCUUGACGAUGCAUCGCGCCUAUCAACCGGUCCUUCCCAGUGGAAAUAAGUAUUUACAACAGAAAUGGGACAAAGCGUAUUACGACGAGCACAUAAAGAAGGUAAAAUCGGCAAAGCCUAUGGUUAACACAACUACUCCACAAACAUAUGGACAUCUUCACCUGAAAAUGAAAAAACUUAAGCUGCAGGAGGAACGCCUUUCUAUCAUUGAACGAGACAACAACCUGCUGCUAGAGAAGAUGUCUUACAUAAUGAGGACUUCUGGGCGUAUUGACAACAAAAAUGAAUAUCAAAGCAAAAGUUUAAACAAAGAAAAGCGACAAAGGGAACUGCUCCAAAUCACUAAGGAAAACCAGCAAAUCCUGGAGCGUAUCUCCCAGUGUUGGCCGCAGUACAGUACUGAAAAGUGGCAGGAGGACUGGGAGAAGAAUGAGAAGUACAUGGACAGCAUUGCCCGCUAUCCUCGGGGCUGGUAUGAAGAGAUGCACAAAAAGAAUAAAAUUAGAUCUUCUGUAAGAAAAGCAAAUGGUGCAGAGGUUAAAACAAGUGAUGAAGAGACUAAGCAAGAAGAAAAGCCUGACGAUUUAUCUAGAGAAGAUCAGAAUAAAAAAUCUGGAGAAAUCAACAAAGAAAACGAUGAAAAGGAACAGUGACAUUGAAAAAGCAACAUGAAGUGAUGCAGGAUUAGUGGACAGAGAGUAACCUGAAGAAGAACGCUUUACUCUUAUCAUGUAUUAUUGAUGAAUAAGAAUUAAAAAAAUGUGAAAGCACUGACUCUCUAAUGUUACUAAUUGUUUUAUGAUUUCACAAAAAAUAUUUUAUUUUUUUCUUUUUACCUGUGUCUCUCUUCUCCUUCUCUUUUUCUUUGGGGUGGG